GGGUGGUGACUUCCGGCUUGCUGAAGAAAGUUGAGCUGGGGAGGUUUGCUGGCUCCUGGGUUUUGCAAAAUGGAUAGCCAGGGAAGGAAAGUGGUGGUUUGUGACAAUGGAACCGGGUUUGUGAAGUGUGGCUAUGCAGGCUCCAACUUCCCCGAGCACAUCUUCCCUGCCUUGGUGGGCAGGCCAAUCAUUCGCUCCACAGCCAAAGUGGGCAACAUUGAGAUUAAGGACCUGAUGGUGGGCGACGAGGCCAGCGAGCUGCGCUCCAUGCUCGAGGUCAACUACCCCAUGGAGAACGGCAUCGUCAGGAACUGGGACGACAUGAAGCACCUGUGGGACUACACCUUCGGGCCUGAGAAGCUCAACGUCGACUCCAGGAACUGCAAAAUCCUGCUCACCGAGCCGCCCAUGAACCCCACCAAGAACCGAGAGAAGAUCAUUGAGGUGAUGUUUGAGACGUAUCAGUUCUCAGGGGUCUACAUUGCUAUCCAGGCUGUGCUGACGCUCUACGCCCAAGGCCUGCUGACAGGUGUUGUGGUGGACUCUGGGGACGGUGUGACACACAUCUGUCCGGUGUACGAGGGCUUCAGCUUGCCCCAUCUGACACGACGCCUGGACAUCGCUGGGAGGGACAUAACCCGCUACCUCAUUAAGCUGUUGCUGCUGAGGGGCUAUGCGUUCAACCACUCUGCGGACUUUGAGACGGUGCGUAUGAUGAAGGAGAAGCUGUGCUACGUGGGUUACAACAUCGAACAGGAGCAGAAACUGGCUCUGGAGACCACCGUGCUGGUCGAGUCCUACCAGCUCCCAGACGGCAGGGUGAUCAAGGUGGGAGGGGAGCGUUUCGAGGCUCCAGAGGCUUUGUUCCAGCCCCAUCUCAUCAACGUAGAGGGAGUCGGGGUGGCAGAGUUGCUCUUCAACACUAUCCAUGCAGCAGACAUCGACACCAGGUCUGAGUUCUAUAAACACAUAGUGUUGUCAGGUGGGUCCACCAUGUAUCCAGGUCUUCCAUCUCGACUAGAGAGGGAGCUCAAACAGCUCUACCUGGAACGCGUGCUGAAAGGCCACGUGGACAAACUCUCGAAAUUUAAGAUCCGCAUCGAGGACCCGCCGCGGCGUAAGCACAUGGUGUUCCUGGGCGGGGCCGUGCUGGCGGACAUCAUGAAGGACAAAGAUCACUUCUGGCUGACCAGGGAGGAGUACCAGGAGAAAGGUGUCAGGGUGCUGGAGAAACUGGGAGUCACUGUCAGAUAAAGACCUCCGCAAUGUUAAAGACCAUACACACACACACACACACAUACAUACAUACAUAUCCAUA